AUGCAGUCCAUCAGCGGGACAGUGUCAGGCACAAGUUUCAUCGUGAUGCUGGCCCUUGGUUCCCCAGGGCGCUCGCCAGCAAGUCAAGCCGGGGCCAGAACGCCAGCCGCCGGCCCCGCACCCGGCCACCUCCCGGCGCCCAGCCACGUCCGUGUGCAGGACCGCCUCCCCGCAACGGUCAGGGCCGAGCAGCUGACCGAGGAGCAGGUGGCCGAGUUCAAGGAGGCCUUCUCCCCGUUCGAUGAGGGCGGGGAUGGCGCCAUCAGCACGCGGGAGCUGGGCACCGUCCUGCGGUCGCCGGGCCAGAACCCCACUGAAGCCGAGCCCUGGGACCUGGUUGGGGAGCUGGACCGCGACGGCAGCAGCACCGUGGGCUUCCCCGAGUUCCUGGGCCUAAUGGCCCGGAAGGUGAAGGGCAGGGACGCCAAGGACCAGAUCCGGGAGGCCGCCUGCGUCUUCGACAAGGACGGAAACGGCCUGAUGGGAGCAGCCGAGCUGCGGCACGUGAUGACCCGGCUGGGCGAGAAGCCGAGCGACCAGGAAGUGGACGAGAUGAUCCGGGCGGCGGACGUGGACGGGGACGAGUUGGUGCGCUACGAGGAGUUCCUGUGCUUGCUGGUCUCCAAGGGCGGCCGCAGCCCCACCCCCACCCCCAUCCCGGGUGUCCGGGCUCCGCGCGUGGCGCCGGAGGACCUGCCUCCGUUCCCCCGGCCCCUCCGGGCACUGCUCCUCCGCCGGUUGACCUGA